AAGGCCAAUUCUUCGACUUUUAAAAUGGUGUUGGCAGCUUCACGCAGAAGGUCAGUCCUUUUUCUCAAAUGCAACAUUUUGUGUUCACUCAGGACUCCAUGUUUGUUGUUUUCAACUGAUGACAGUAUUUUAGCUGAGCAGAGGAAACCACGGUCAAAGACUCGGCAGAGAAGAAGUCAGAAGAAACCUCCCUGGACCGAUGACCUGUCAUGGGAGGAGAGGCUGGCGGAUGUGGUCACCCCUCUGUGGAGGCUCAGCUACGAUGAGCAACUUGAGCUCAAGCAAAACCACCAGCUGAAGAUACUGUCUCAGCUCUCCGGGCAUCAAUCACAGUCCUUGUCACCUGCGAGAGGUGAACUCAGCUUCCCCGUCCUGCCUAUCCUGCCCUCCCCAGUGAGGGACAGCUACCGCAACAAGUCCACAUUUUCUGUCAACAGAGGAGUGGAUGGAAACCCAAAGACGGUGGGAUUCUACGUGGGCACAGGCAGGCAGGGGAACAUCGUCUGCGUCAAUGGAGACCACCUGCUCAACAUGCCGGAGAAGCACAAUCUAGUGGCCAGAUGCUAUCAGGACUUCCUCCGCCUAUCCUCCUUAGAGCCCUGCCUGCUGUUCCACACCGGGGGUCACUGGAGAGAGGUCACAGUGAGGACCAACACGGAGGGCCGCACCAUGGCUAUAGUCUACUUCCAUCCGCAGAGUCUCACGCCAGAGGAGGUGGCGGUUCACAAGGCUGACCUGGUGGAUUAUUUCACACAGGGUCCUGGAUCAGUGUGUCAGCUGGAUUCACUGUUCUUCCAGGAGAGUAGCAUGACUCGCUGCACUCAUGAGGAAUCCCCCUACCAGCUCCUGCAUGGUCAGCCACACAUAUAUGACGAGGUGCUGGGCUUCAAGUUCCGCAUCUCUGCUGAUGCCUUUUUCCAAGUGAACCAGGCGGCUGCUGAGGUGCUCUAUGACACAGUGAGAGACCUGUGUGUCCCGAACACAGAGAAAGGCAGAGAAAGAACGAAAGUUGGUGGUAAUCUAUUAGAUGUGUGUUGUGGGACAGGUGCUAUUGGUAUUACCAUAUCCCCGAGAAUGGACAAAAUUAUUGGAAUAGAGCUCAUAGAACAGGCAGUGGAAGAUGCAAGGCACAACGCAGCUUUCAAUAACGUACUGAACUGUCAGUUUUUUUCUGGUAAGGCAGAGGUUGUGCUGCCUGGACUCAUGUCUCAGCUGAGCUCCACAGGUGGAGGCCUCACAGCUGUGGUAAACCCUGCUCGGGCUGGCCUGCACCCCAGAGUGGUCCGAGCAUUACGAAACCAGCCCUCUAUACGCCGCCUGGUCUAUGUUUCCUGUAAACCAGAUGGAGAGGCUAUGAGGAACUUCCGGGAGCUUUGCUGUAAACCCGACCCGCAGAAGAAACUCACAGGAGACGCAUUCUCUCCUAUUCUGGCUGUCCCUGUGGACAUGUUCCCACACACUCUUCACUGUGAACUGGUGCUACUUUUUGAGCGGUAGCAAAUCUUUCACACCCAAAGGUUCGACGGGCUUAUCUUCCACCCACAAUGCUGGUGGCUUUAAAUGGAAAACAGGGGGUUGUAUAACGUGCAAGACUGUAAAUGUACAUGUACCAGAUGAUAAUAGAAGUGUUGGUAACCAUGACAACACACAGAGGUGUUUUUUACUUGAUUAGACCUCCUUUCAGGGCUCUGUGGUACCACUGAUUAGUACCUCUGCUAAGAAGGUUAUGUUUUCAUCCUUACCAUUUAUUUGAUUGUCAGCAAGACUUGGUGCAAGGACAGGACAUGGGCGUAGAAAGAAACAAUUUAAUCGUGGGCUGAUCCAAGAAUAAUUUUUCACUUUCUUUAGCAUUUUGGGAUAUAUGUGAGAUACAUUUUCAUAAAUUUCCCAGAGAAUAAUUAAUGGAUCUUGAAAAAAUGCGACAGGCUAGCUUGAAGUUCUCCCAUGACCAUUUUUUGUUUAUCUGUUGGGUACUUUUUAAAAUUAAUAAUUUACCCAACACAAUCUCUUGCAUGGUCUUUAUCUGAGGCUAUCACAAUAGAUUUUAUUACAUUAUAUUUGAUGGUCAUAUAUUGUGCAAAAUCUAUUUUGUACUUUAUCGUACUCUGCCCUGCAGUAGCUGUGUUUGUGCAAUAGGUGGUGUCAUUACUGCCUCUUUGCCUCCUUCCCUCAAGGAAACUGGCUGAAAACAGCUGUUGCACAAGCCCCUUGUUGGUUGUUCAGUCAUUCCAGUUCACUAAAGUUCAUAAUACAUUGUGUACAGUAUAAACGUAAGUGGUCACCAUCGUUUAAGUGUGGUCAUACAUUGCGACAGGGCUCGAAGAUCGGAUGUUCUUUUACCUCCUGCGUGAAGUAAUGGGAUGAUUAUGCUCAAAUCAUCCAGGCAGUGCCAGGGUAAACACUAAGUCAGGGAAAUGAACUUUAGUAGCCCCACAACAGUUACCAGGGUGCAUAAAUGUCAUCAGUCUCAUGCUUUAUUCCGAUUAACUUCUGUUCUGGAAAACUUUAUCACAAGUGGACAAUUGAAAAUAUAAAAAUUUUUAACAAAACAUUUAUGUGGAGUUAUGUCCUUAAGAAAAUAAAAUCAAAACU